GAUCUCCAACGCACAAGUCUACCAACUACAUCAAACGCGCAAGCAAAACUCAAGCAUGGGCAAGUCCGACCGCAACGUUACCGCAGAACAAGAGUUCGCCGCUCUCGAAAAGCUGCUCAUCCAAACUUCCGACGACGCCACCAGAUGCCUCAAGCUUCUCAAGAAGAAUCUGUCCGACUACGACAGUCGCCAUGGCAACCACUUCAUCAACGCCUCCACAUCGUACAUGCGGAGUGACAUGCGCACCGCCAAGGACACGGCCGCCGACCUCAAGCAUGUUGCGCACCGAAUCAGUAAGAGCCCGCAACCGUCCGAGACGGAGAUCCACUCGGCUCGUAACAUGAUGGGCGCGACAGCCAAAGCCAUGGAUAUCCUAAACACAACUGCACGCAAUUACGACCAAGAGAAGGGUCGGUCCAAGGGUGUCAAGGGUGCGGUCGACAACAUGAUCGGCCAUAACGACAAGGAGUAUCACGAGAGAGAGGGAGGCGUCUUUGAUAAGAACAAGGAGAAAGAAUCCAAGGGCACCGGUCUUUUUGGCAAGAACGAUGAGCGCAAGCAUGAAAAGCACACCGGUUUGUUUGGCAAAGAUAAGGAUGACAACAAGCACACUGGUCUGCUCGGCAAGGGCGACAAACAUAAGGACGAGAAGCACACCGAUCUCCUCGGCAAGGGUGACAAGGAGAAAAAGCACGGCCAUGGUCUGCUCGGAGGUAGGACCGAUCACCACCACGACGAACACCGUGGCGGUAUUUUCAGCGGUUCUGACACGGUUGAGGCGCUGGUCAAGUCGACUCUGCGUGAAAACUUCAACGUCAGUGCUCUGAGCCACCAGAUCACGAUCUCAGAGAAGUCGCUAUCGUCGUCGCCGAGCUUCGUGGAGCGUGCGAAGGAGGCCGUCCACGAGGUGAAGGAGAAGAUCAAGGGCGAUAAGUCGAGCCCGACGAGUGAGAGUCACCACGCUCACAAGCAUGUGUGAACCCAUGAGCUCGAGAAACGCAGGUCCAGCCCGGUGGACUUUGUUUUAGUGAAGCUGUAUAUUUUGAAUUGUAACUCUUUAAUGCUUCUGAUGAAUGCAUCA